GUUGCAAGAUAAGGGGUUGCUGACGUCCGACCAUCACUCCUGUUUGGCGCGUAAUUUCCGCACCCCAUCAUUCCGCAUUCGCUUCGAUUCCGCACUGAGCAUGGAGCAGCGUCGACGCGAGGCGGCCAAGGAUCUGCUCAAGCACAGUCUGUUCGGCUUCCAGGCGCACGAUGCCGUCGUCUCGGAGCGUCUGGGCGAGCUGAAGGAUUUGUUGCUGGCUACGUGCGGCGAGAAGGACCAGAUCGCGCUUCUAAGUGAAAAUAUCCGCGAGAUUGAGGAGCAACUGAAAAACCGCAGCGAGCGCUUCCUGCUGGAGUCUCUGCGGUGCUUUGAGCAAGAUAUGGAGCUGCUGCUGGACGUGGGGAGCGGCGACGAUGCGGAGGAAAUCGAGGAGGACUCGGACGACGACCUGGACAUGGAGGAGUGUUUGUCACUCUCGCAGGACCCCGCUAUUGCUGCCACGACGCCGCUGUCCUCGCCUCUGCGACCUGUGAAACCUGUUAAGCCUAAAGAUAAGAAGACAGAGGAUGAGGAAAUGCUGUGUGGCGUCUGCUGCGCUCCGGAUUCGCUGGAGAACGACCCCAUCGUCAUCUGUGACGUGUGUGGUGUGGCAGUGCAUCAGACGUGCUACAGAUUGGCUGCAGUACCGGAAGGAGACUGGUUCUGUCACCCGUGCAGACAGUAUAUGGACUCACAGGACAUUGAGAAGAGCUUGAUCCCCACCCAUGAGCUGGAGUGUGAAGCCUGUUGCUCGAAAGCAGGAGCCAUGGCACCGACGGUCGAUGGCGGUUGGGUGCAUGUGGCGUGCUCCAUGUUCUUGCCCGAGUUGUAUGUACAGGAGAAGCACGCGUCGAGAUUUCAGAGUCCACUGGAUGAUGUACAGGUUGUGUGUGGCAUGGACAAGCUGAAGCAAAGGAGAAAACUGCGCUGCUGUUUUUGCAAGAAGAGCAAGUGGGUGAACGAUUGUUUGUUGGUUGGUGUGGCGGCAGUUGCUGACGAGAGCUGCUGUGCUGUUGUUGCAGUGAAAAAGGAGCAUGUGCGCAGUGUGCAGUGGGAAAGUGCACUGUGGCAUACCACGCAUUAUGUGCACUGCGGAACGGAAUUAAACUACGCUAUAUGGAAGAUCAGGGUCAAUUUGGAAGUGGGUGCCUUAAACACCAAGCCAAAUUCCUUGGAACCGAUGGAUCCGACGUAGCUGCGGAUGAGAACAACUCGGAGAAGAAAUCUCGUGAUAAAUCCAAUUCAAAGAGGCAACGAAGAAACUCUUGGUCAGACGAAGAUGACAGUGAUAGUGACAAGGAUGAUGAUAACGAGCUGGAUAGUGACAGUGAGCAUGAUGGCAGCCAAGACUCGCUUUCGGAUGAUGACCAUUUGGAUGGAAAUGAUGAUCAUAAGGUACAGACACAACCAACACCAACAAAAAUGUCUCCGCCGCGGCUUCUUGGUGCUCCACCGCUCAGGAGCAGCGGCAAGAAACAAGCCGGCAGACCGAAAAGUAGGCGUCAAAUCAAGCUGUCAUUUGCGUCAGCAGAUGAUACUCCUUCGCAGGCCACGCUACCACCGAAAACCUCUUGUACGUCAUCGAGUUCAACCCCAUCAAACCAUAAUACUGCAGUUGUCCCAGCUUCAGCUCUGCGUCAAGCUACAAUAUCGAAUAAUGAUAAGGAUGCUGACACCAACAGGGGGUUUGUACUCCAAACCAACGUCUUCGCACCUGCUUUUUACCCGUCGGCGUACAAACCAGACCACGUCGACGACCAAGACUUUGAAUACGUAAUGGUUAUGAUCUCCAGUCGGCCUUUUGGUAUCGGGAUCUCGUCUUCGAACGACGGGCAGGGCAUUUAUCUCCAUGCGGACAAUACUCGUAACCCUGCGGUCAUUGCGGCACUAGAACGUGAAGUUAUUCAAGAUGGCGACGAGAUUUUUGCUUUCAACGACCAGGUUUUACGUGGCAUCAAUCUCGAGAGCUUCAAAGAAAAAAUCGUUCCUGCAGUGUCGCUGCCUGUUCGGUGUUGGUUCCGGACGAAGCGGAAGAGUAAAGUAUUUACAGUACCUGCUGCUCAGCUAGCUUGCACCGGCGGUAAGACCCCUGUGCAGCCUACCUCGGUAAGUCUGGCAAGCUCAAGAGAACAGCAUCCUGUGGCCCCGUCUGCGCCGACUACGAGUCCACCGUCUGGUCCUGUCAGUAGCAAUACUGUUGAAGGCGAUGUCAGCGUUGUUUCAUUCGGUAUUGAUUGGCCGUGGGUAUUUCUUCGGUCGGACGGCAAGUUAGCGAUGAAUCUGUUCUGGAAGUCACUGGACUCGGCAUUCUUUCUUCAAAAAAUCAACAAGCGCACAUUUUCGCAGCUGCAGGAAAGUGUGGAGGAUAUGUGUGGCGUGCGGUUGAGUAGCUCUCAUCCAGACUAUGAACAAGUCCGUGAGUUGUUAGUGAUGCCUCGACGCGAACGCGUGCCGACCUACCUUGUGGAAUUUCGGAAAACGCGUGAGGAGAAGCAGAAAUUCCUUUCGUCUGACGUCUUGAUGGGCGUCUCUAGUGAACCGAAAGAUGCAGAAGCAGAGGUGGAUGAACAAACUCCCCUCGAGGUCGGAACCACCGUCAACGUGGCGAAGCGCACGUGGCCUGGAAUGAACAAACUUGGCGGUGUAGGUCGAAUCAAGAAAGUGAACGAAGACACACUACCGAACGGCAAAACGCGAUACACGUAUAAUAUUGGCUACGUUUUAAGUGGCACUGACAAGAACGUGGAGCGCAAGUACAUCAGUGUUGUCGACCUCGAAGCAGACGAACCUGAUAAGAGUGAAGAGACCAACUCGACACCAGCAGGCAGAAGACAGAAAUCUGAGCCAGAGGCGGACACUAAGGAUACCGAGGAGGAACAUACUGACACCUUGAGCGUCAGAUUAGUCUUCGCUCUAAGUCGCACGGCUCUCGAGGAUAAGCUUACUGAACUCCCUGAUGCUUCGAUUGAAAGUCCAUCCAAGCGACGACGAUUCCAGUUGCAGUUCACAACAGAAAAUGAAGCUGUGCAUUGUGAGCGGAAAACAGAACAUUUGGAUCCUGCUCCUGCUGCGCGAGAGCUACUCCUGCAUCGCCAUUUUUCAGUUAAAUUGGCUGAUGCGUUAGUAAACGAAUGCUUUUCAUCCGAAUUGCUGAGCGUGGAGGAUCGUGUUGGCGAUGAAGUUGACGAGGACGACACUGACAACGAAGAUGAAGAGGACGAGAUCAAGACGGAACUGAUAAGUCUACAAAACCAGUUCCGUGCUGUGAUGCAGUCCAACGAGCUGACGUUUGCAUCUCUUACCAAGAAGGUAGAGGAGGAAUAUGCAUCAAAGGAAUACCGUCAACAACAACUGCAGGGCAUCGAAUGGCGUAACUACGAACGCAUGUACCAGGAGCUCCAAGCUGCUAAGCGUCAAUUUGCUGACAGCGACGAGGAGAGUGAUGUUGGUGAGGAUAGUCGAGAAACUGGCUCAGCUGCCAAAGUGGAAAGCGAAGAAGAGAACAGCGACAACGAAGACAUUUCUUUUGGAGGCAUGUUCGUGAACAAGCUCAAGCAAGAAGGCAGCGAAGUGUGCGCCUUGUGUGAACUGAGUGGUGGCGACUUUACCAGCACGGACAGUGGCAGCGUUGUUCAUCCACAGUGCGCGAUGUUCACACCUGAAACGUUCUUCAAAGAGGGUGUCGUGCACGGCAUUAACCUCGUUGAUCCUGAACGUAGACGAUUGAAGUGUUCCAUUUGCGGUGGCUGCAAAGGGUUGAGUAAAAUCCAAUGUGCUCACAGAAAGUGUGUGCGAGCAUACCACGUGGCCUGUGCGUUUGUGAACGGCCUUCUGACUCGAGAUCCAUACUACCAGGCGUGGUGUCCUCGUCAUCUGAAAACUUCUGGAAUGGGGCAGUUUAUUGAGAUUCCUGAUCAUUUGAACAAAGACAAAAGCUCACAAUCUGCAAUUACUAGCAGCGACACACCAAGCGUGACCCCAGCAACUUCCCCAGCUCGAAGUAAACGGAGACCUGGCAGACCGCGGUCAUCUCAACAAAGAAAGAAUCGAAACCAUAAGGACACGACACCGGCUGAACCAACGACUGCGACCCAAGUGGACAUUUCGUCGUCCAAGACUAACAGAAAGCGGAAACGGAAAGGUAGCAACGCCAGUAUUCCCGCCAGUGUCAUUAACGCCAAAAACGCUCGUGUGACUCGAGGUAGUAGUCCUCGCAGUGCCAUUGUUGUAGACGCAGAGGAGCCUCGAUGUGCGAGGAGACUGGAGAUCGAGCUGAGUGAUGACAGUGACCACGAAGGGAAAGCAGUCGAGGCGUGGCAACAAGGACGCGAUGCUCAGCAUGUUUUCACCGAGGGUGAAGUGGUGGAAGUGCUGGCUCGAGACUGGCGGGGUAUCAACAAACCUGGUGGCGUGGCUCGCGUCCGUAGCGUGGAGGUGGUUCAGAAGACGAACGGCGGGAAGGACGUUUUCUACGAUGUUGUGCACAUCGUCGGAGCGUUCAAAGAGAAACGUUUGCCUGCCAAGUUUGUUCGCAGGUACAAGUCUAGUGAUGAAUAGAAUAAUAGAGGUAGUUUACAUCGAUUUGCUCAUUUGCAUGAUAUUCAAUGAAGACUGUUAGCGGCAGUAUCACUAUUACGCGAAUGAAAAACCCCUG